CUGUAGGAUGGGCCCGUCGCGAACCGUUCAGCUCUACCGUCUUCUUAAUUUUUUUUUUAGAAACCCUCUCGGCCUGCUUUGUGUUCCAGCUCUAUUUUGCCUGUUUGGCUCUUACUCUUUACCGCACUAUCUUUUGUCCUUUCCGGCGAAGAGUUCGCUGCCAAUUUUUAGUAAGGGAAUGCUAUUCAUUUCCAAUCUCCAAGCGAGAAUUGGAGACCAGUCGCUUCCUGUCUUGGUUCCCCUUCCAUAGGCGAGAAAUCUUUCUCCUUUAUAAUUGCUUUAUUCUUUUUUCCCUUAUUGAAGGAAGCUCAGAAGAGGGAUCCGUGGUGCUUUUUUCUUCCACUCCGCGAGGCUUUGUUCAGUUAUUGCAUAUGCGCGUGAUCUAGUCAAAUCACAGAUCGGUCGCAUUUUUUUUCCAGAUUAUAUGUAACGAACUUAUAUCUAAUCAUUGAGUUUAUUAAUCAUUGUUAUUUCCGGACAUGUGGAGGUUCAAGCCGUUCAGCCAUAGAGAAUCAGCCAGCUUAGAAGGCCGAUCAAUUGAUGUAGGAAAUUUGAAAGUUCAUGUUAGAAAUCCAAUAGCAGCAGGAGGAUUUUCUUGUGUUUAUCUAGCUCGGGAUGCCGUACAUUCAAGUAGGCAGUAUGCUCUGAAGCAUAUUAUCUGUAAUGAUGGAGAAUCGUUAGAACUUGCUAUGAAAGAAAUAUCAGUAAUGAAAUUGUUGAAAGGGCAUCCAAAUAUCACUAAUCUUAUGUCCUACACCAUAAUAGACAUGGGAAGGACGAAGGAAGCAAUACUUGUAAUGGAGUUCUGUGAAAGGUCUUUGGCUACUUUCCUUGAAAACGGAGCUGAUGUUUUUGAAGAAAAACACAUCCUUUUGAUUUUCAGGGAUGUGUGCAAUGCAGUGUUUUCCAUGCACUGCCGACAUCCGCCCAUUGCUCAUAGAGACCUAAAAGCUGAAAAUGUGCUUUUAGGAGCUGAUGGAGCCUGGAAACUCUGUGAUUUUGGUAGCACUUCUUGCAAUCAUAAAUGCUUUACGAGGCCUGAAGAAAUGGGUAUUGAAGAGGACAGUAUUAGAAAGCAUACUACUCCUUCUUACAGAGCGCCUGAGAUGUGGGAUCUUUAUCGGAGGGACGUUAUUAGUGAGAAGGUAGACAUUUGGGCUCUAGGAUGCCUUCUGUAUCGAAUCUGCUACCUAAAAUCUGCAUUUGACGGUGAAUCUAAGCUGCAGAUCAUAAAUGUGAGCUACCAGAUUCCAGAAUUGCCAAGAUAUAGUGCACCCUUGAUAGGGCUUAUCAAGGAUAUGAUCCAGGGCUCUCCUGAUGCCAGGCCAGACAUCACACAGGUAUGGUUUCGUGUCAAUGAACUUCUGCCUUUGGGGUUGCAAAAGCAUCUACCUGACAACUCUUCAUCAGCGAUUGAUAUGCACCCUCCUACUGCAAAGCUACAUCAGGAAGGUGUUACUAAAGGGGUUAAUACUAUUCCUCAAAGAAUCCCUCCUCCACCGUCAUCUGAAGACUAUGCUCAACGGAAUAAGGAAAUGCAGCAGGCUAAGCCUUCCCAGUCUACUGCAAAAGCUAGCAGGCAUGCUGCUCAUAUUGGUUCAUUUUGGUCCACUCAGCAUGCACAGGGUUCUAACAGCUCUCAGGGCUCUCAAGUCAUACAUGAUAAAGCCCCUCCAAAAGAUUUGGACCCUGAAAUCAUAGUUUCCAAAGUAGAGAAGAAGCAUACUUCCCAAAGAAUUAACCCAUUGAAUAACAAGGGGCAACCGGCCUCACAGAGCAACUAUCUUGAUGCGUCUGUUGCUAUUCUUGAUAUCAGUCAACAAAGUACUGGUAAUAGUAGCAGGAUCCUUGGUGAAAGUAAGUCAGUGAUGGAAGAGCAAAGUUCCGAAGUGAAUAGCUUAAAGGACCAGCUUAAGCAAACAAACAUUGAGAAAGCUGAAAUAGCUUCCAAGUAUGAGAAGUUGAUAGCUAUUUGUCAAUCACAAAGAAAGGAAAUCCAUGAGCUGAAACGUUCCCUUGUGGCAGCCACCACAUCCCCUCUUAGCAAAGACAGCUCAAAGAGCCAGAUCUCUCCUGCUAGUUUGCCAUCCACGACUUUGCGAAAGGAUAAAUUGGAUCCUAACCUCCUGGAACUCGAGCAAGCGAUCCUUGCAAGCACUACAGCAGUAGCAGCACUUCCAGCACCCAGUCAUGAGCCCAAGCCAUGGCAAGCCUUUGAUGAUGGGCCCAAACCAAUGCCUUUGCCAAACAACACUUCAGGAUUGUCUUGGCCAAUCAAUGGGAGACUGAACCAGGUUAACUAUGCUGCUCCUCCUUUCAGUUCUCAGGUAUCCAGUACAACUGCACCUGCUUGGAACGGUCCUUCCCAGAGAUUUGGUGGCGACUUGGAGAAGAAACUCAACGCAAAACAACCAAGCAACUGGACUGGUUUCUAGCUUGUACCUUCCAUUUUGCACAGGGUUCUUCAAUCCUUAGCUUUCCUAUCACAUGCGAUUCUUUUCUUCCAGUAAAACGGAAGACAUUUAUGGGCUUCUUUUAUUGUUUGUUGUUGGAUGGGUCAAAGGCAUAUACGGGACAUGCAUUCCUUUGCUUUUAUUCUUUUUUUUUUUUCCCUUGAUGAACAAAUGGGAGUUUGGUUCUGCAUAUACAAAGCAUGUAUACUGGAAGGAUAGAUCAAUGGUUCCUCCAGCCUUUUAUAACACUACAUCAGUUUAUGAUUCUGUACUGAAAUUCUCUCGUUCAAGAUCUCAUGGUGUGUAAUAAAAUAGUUCAGAGUAAAGAAGGUAGGUCAUUUGGAUGCUAUUUCUAUUUCGAAUUGAUAGUUCAAUAAAAUUCAGUGCUUUCCAUUGGUUA